AGGGGUAUAGAACGGCGAGACGCGGUGCUGUCUGCUCGAGAGCUGCUUUCUAUCACUUCUCCGGGGGAAUACCAGAGGAAGAAUCGACUACCAUGGCAGCCGGCAAGGGAGUUCAGGAGAGCACACCUGCAUACCUGGGUGGCCUACUAGACGCUGGGGAAAGUAACAUGGUGACUUUGGCGGCGGGGGAGACGCGGCUGGUGGCGCACACAGCCGUCCUAGUUACCGGGAGCCCCGUGUUUGCCGCAAUGUUUCGCCACGACAUGGAGGAGUCGGGCAGUGGCCUGGUAGACAUAAGAGAUGUGGACGGACCGGUGCUGAGAGAGCUACUGACGUUCAUGUAUACCUUCCAUGCCCCCCAGCUGGCGAGCAUGGCUGCACAAUUACUAGUCGCCGCCGACAAGUACGGCGUGCUUAGCCUGAAGGCUCAGUGUGAGCAGCAGCUGGCCACAGCACUGGCUGUGGACAAUGCGGCGGCCACAGCUGUUCUUGCUGUGCGUCACUGCUGCCCUGGCCUCAGGCAGACCACCAUCUCCUACAUAAAGGGGCGCACGCAUGAAGUGAUGGCAACGCAGGGCUGGGCUGACGCAGUACGCACCCAGCCAGAAGACGUCAUAGAGGUCAGCAAGCUGCUCGCGGAGACACCAGAGUCCAGGUUGCUUUCUGAAGCAGAGAGAGGGAGGAGGCUGAUAGAAGCAGCCAAGGAGGGGGCGGUAGAGCAGCUGUGCAGGUUGCUGGCGGCAGGAGCGGACGUGGGGGUGAGGGACAGAGCGUGGUACAGCCGGACUGCCCUGCACUGGGCAGCAGUCUGGGGCCAUGUGGGGGCAGCCAGCUGCCUCAUAGGGGCCAGCGCGGAGGUCGACGCCAGGGGCAGCAGGCAGACGACACCCCUACACUUCGCUGCAGCAAAUGGCCACACGGCUUUGGUGCAGGUGCUGCUGGAUGCAUCUGCUGACCCAAAUGGCAGAGAUGACUUGGGGAAGGUGGGGCCAGACAGGGGUGGCGGUUGA